AUGCAUCAGCCAUCAGAUUUCACGAAUCUGGAUGUCAACUUUUUAAUUUUUCAAAGUAAUUUACCAAUAACUAAUAACGCACCUACUGAUAUCUCAAUAGUUAAUAAUAGCAUUAAUAUUUUACCAGUAGAAAUUAAUAAUAAUAAUAAUAAUAAUAAUAAUAAUAAUAAUAAUAAUAAUAAUAAUAAUAAUAAUAAUAAUAAUAAUAAUAAUAAUAAUAAUAAAAAUAAUAAUGAUGGUGAUGAUGCUGCUGCUACUAAUAGUAUAAACGUUAUUCCAGUGUUUGAAAAAACUAUACAAAUUGGAACAACUACAAAAAGUGGUCAUUUCAUUUUAGAUGCAACUGCAGAGGUUAAUGAUAUUCAAGAAAUUGAAGAAAAUAAAGAUUUUAUAGUUAGAGAUACUCAACAAAACAGAGUAUUAAUUGGUGAAGGUCAUUAUGGAAAAGUUUAUCGAAGUAUGUAUGUAUCAUCAGAUGGAAGAAGUUUAGUCAAUAAAAUGUUGAAAGGAAAACGAGAAUGUACUAAAGAAGUCGAAGCACUAAUCGAUGUAUUCGAUGCAAGUAAAAUGGUUACAACUCAAUACUUUACUACUCUUGGUUUUUCAUCUAUCAUAAUGGAAAAUAUGGUCGACAUUGGUUAUGUUACAUUAAAGCAAUUGUUAUCGAUGGAUGAUAAACAAUUCUCAGCAUUAGCAUCACCAUUCACUUGUAGAUCUCAAAUGAUUAAACCAAUAAUUAAUGCAAUGGUGAUUGCACUAUACUCUGUCAACAUUGAAAAGAACUACACACACUUUGACUUAAAUCAUGGUAAUAUCUUUGUCAAUAUACAUACAUUGGACACAUGUCAAUCAAUUAGUGGUAGUGGUAGUGGUAGUGGUAGUGGUAGUGGAUCCAAUACUAGAAAUCCAGUUGUGUUGGGUGAUUUUGGCUGUGCCAGGAAAAUGGACGUUCCAAUUCGUUUAUGUGAUACAAAUGGUCACGAAAAUUACAAAUCACUUGAAAGAUACUGGGAUUACAAUCAAUGUAGAAUCAAAACCACAUCCUUUAUUCGAGAUAAUGAAGAUAUCUUUUCACUUGGUGUUCUAAUAUUUGAAAUGCUAUUAACAUUUGUUCAUCCAGGUACAACUCUAUUUGAACAAAAUGUAUUGUUCCUCUUGAAAUUUCAUGGUAUUGAAAUUGUGCCAACUGGUGGCCCUAACAACAAUUAUACAACAUUGAAAGUUGCAUUUUCAAAUGAUAUUAGAAACUUUACAUCAAAUACUCAAUUCACUACAAUUACAUUUGAUUCAAAGUUUAACCCAAUCAUUUCACAAAUUAUUAAUUACAUUCAAUACUAUAGAAAUAGACCAAAUUCUAGUCAAGUAUUGGAAUCAUUAAUCAAUAAUCAUCAAUAUUCAUUAAAUAAUAAUCUACCACCAAUUUUUGUUGAAAAUCCAAAUGAUAAAUAUGAACCAGUAGAUGCCAACUCUUCAGAUGACUCAUCUGUCCUUUACCAUUCUUAUGAUAGCUCUGAUGCUGAUGAUACUCCUUCUUUUGAAAUUACGAUUACUCGUGAUAAUUUCAAUCAAAGUAUAAAUCAUCAGUGA